AUGACGGCUGGCUAUGCCCCCCUCCCUAACCCUCGUUUUGAGCCGGAUGCUGAGCGCGAACUGGAGGAUGCUUUCGACGACGACGAGCAUAGCGAGCAUGCCCCUCUCACCCGCCAUAUAGGUCCCACAGAAUCACACUUCGUUCCUGCUACCCCGGGCUCGUAUGAUUUCGAGCGUGAGUACGACUACGAUUUGCCCCCUCCGGGCUCCCCUCCCGUUCCGACCGCCCUCGCGAUGCCCAACGACUUUGGGAACACUAACGGGAGUAUCCCCUUAUCUCCCGCCCGCCCUGAACCCCCGCGACCAUCGUUCUUCAGGCGUGCUGUGGGCGUACUGCUUCCCCAGCACUACGCCCGGAUACCCACUGAGCCGACGAGUAUGCGUACGAGGGGAGGGGGGGUAGAGAAUGAUGGCGUGUUUGCGAACGUGAUGGCCAAACCUGCGCGGUCGGUGGCAGUGACGAACGAGAAUGGAGAGUCCCUCAACGACCCCGAUGGCUAUAACAUUCUCUCGGAUGACUGCGGAUACUACACAUACUCUGAAGCCCAAGCCGACGCCGCCCCGGCGUACUGGGAGAUGACAGUCCACGCUCCCUCCGUCCUCGCCGCUGCCGGCGAAAUGAUCGUGGAUGACCUCCCGACGGGCUCGCUCAUCUUCUUCGUCUCAACCGCAUUCAUAUCCUACUUCUUCCAAUUCGUCGGCUUCGUCCUAACAUACCUGUUGCACACGACGCACGCGGCUAAAUAUGGAUCGCGCACCGGCCUCGGGUUGACCAUGAUCCAGUAUGGGUUCUACUCACGGACGGCCCAAGACGAGGGUGAGGGCGGCGUCGGCCAAGAGCUCAUCUACUGGAACGCAACGACGGGCCUACCUGUAGUCGUUAAGCAGGGCGAUGCAGGUCCGGCGCUGUUUUCCAAUGAGACAUACAUGGACAUGUCGCCGUCCGAGAUGGGUGCAACGUCCCGAGACUGGAUGUCUAUUUUGCUUAUCCUUCUAGGCUGGUUCCUCGUUCUAUCCUCUAUCGUUAAUUUUUACCGUGUCAAGCGUUGGGAGAAAUCUAUCCGAGACGCUGCGGAGCCCCCACCCCAGACCCCUGCCGAGCAAACACAGCACGACGCGGACAUUCGUCGCAACAUCGAGCGCGUGUUCGGAAUAUUCGACUACAAUCCGGAGGAUGGUCACGAAAAUCGGCGCGUGGAGGAAACGCCCGUACCUCUGUCCGAGGCGGAGGAAAGACUGCGUCGGGAUCUGCGCGCAGCAGGAUUAAUGUAG